AUGCUGGCACUCUGGCUGUCAGACUUUGGAAGCUCGAUUCAUCGUCCGGUCAUCACCUUCUUUUUCUUGCAGCUGGGAGCAACAGUGAUGGAUAUUGGCUACCUCAGCUUCUUUAUGGGAACUGCCAGCAUGAUCCUUUCACCUGUCUACGGCUGGAUGGUGGACUCGCGUGGGGUGCUGAAGCCCUUUCUCUUAUCUGCACUGUCCUGCGGGUUCGGCUGCCUUAUCCGAGCCAUUGCUAGCGCACCACUCCACUUGAUUGCUGCUCAGAUCUUCAUGGGUGUUGGUGGUAGCUGCCAGUGGAGCAUGGUCAAGGGCUUCAUUGCUUCCGAGCUUCCGCACAGCAAACGCGCACUCCUUGUCGUGGGACUGCGUGCUCAGAUGACACUGCUGACCUUAGGAAGCUUCUUGUAUCCUGUGCUGGACUCAGGCUUGCAACUCGUUGGGUUUCAGGACAAGCUCCUGCGCUACAGGGCCGAGGUAGGAACCUGCGCGCUCUUCUGCUGGAUCGGGAUUCUGAUUCUCAUGGCCGGCUGCGCCAAGGGCACGCAGUUCCAUUCUCCAAAGCAGAGGCAGCUGGAGCAGGCAGCCGGGAGUGCUCGAUGCAGCGUUGACUUCCUUGUGGCCGCUAUUACUUUGGGUAUCGCCUCCUGUUGCCAGUCCGCUUGCCGGACGUUGUGGCCUAUUUACAUUAAGUUUCAUUUUGGUUGGGAGGCCAGAUCCUUUUCUUUGCUGUCCUCAAUAAACACUUUGAUGUUCAGCAUCGCCCUGGCCAUGUACCCGAGUUGGACGCAGAGGGUCCCGCAGCGGAGGGUGCUGCAAGGCCUGGCGUGGCUCUCCCUCCUCACCCUGACUGGCUUCGGUGUCGGCGCCAGAGAGUCAUCGUUGGGACCCGAGAUGCUACAUGUUAUCCUGGGUGUGCCGUCGCUGGUGUUCGUUGGUGUCUUGGCCUCCGGACUCGAAGUCGCUGCUUCCCUGUGUGUCCCAGCCGAUGCACAGGGCUGGGCCAUGGGAUUUCUGAACUCGGCACAAGCAGCAGGUGGAGUUGCCGGAAGCUUGCUGGGCCCAGCUCUCUGGACCAUCUCCACUAGGGAGGAUCCCCAUCCCACGCUUGGCUUCAGUGGAUUCUUGCUUUCAGAGGGACGCCUCCCCUUCGUCCUCACAGCACUUGCUCUGGUGCUGUGCGUGCUGCUCCUGCAGUGCCCGCUGUGGCAGCGAGCGGAGCACACAGCGCACUCCGUGGACAGUGUGGGUAUUGAGGGGGUUCCCAUAGGCUGCAGAACAGAAGAGCCGAUUGCAGAAGAUGACCCCGAAAACUUCAAGCAUUGCCGGGCAAAUGAAGAUGAGAACUUGCCUUUGAAUGAGGACAACUCCAAAGCGUGCUAG